UGUGAGGACAUUCCCACCUGGAAUUCAGAUUUGGGUUGAAUGCAGCUAAACUCAAAGAUGUAGUAACGGUGUAGCUCCAGUGUCCUGCAAUGAAAUGCAGAAGCACACACACUGUCUCUGCUUCUCUUCUGCCAAUUCCUGCAUGCUGGCUUUUGGCUUUGCUCACGAAUCUUGCAAACUGUGUUGACAAAAGUAAUGGGAGAUUGUUUAUUUCCCAAGUCUUUAUAUUCAGGCCAUAGCUGCUUCCUCUUUCCUACUCACAUUUUCCCAUAUGGUGACUUUGGAAAAUUCCUCUCUGAUUUCGUUGGGAAGUGCAGGAAGCUCUCACUGGUAGAGGGUUGCCUGUUACUCUCUCCAAUUCUGCUGCUCACAUCUGGAAAGGAUCUGGCUUGGAAAGGGGAGACUCACUCUCAGCUCAGUGCAUGUUACUGACAUGGCAUGAGCUGAGAGCCUGUGGGGCAAGAGAAAUGUUCUUCUCCAUUCAUCUGAUUUCUGACAGCAAAGGGGCGAUGCCCGCCGGCGGCCGGGCGCUGCUGGCGCUGCUGGGGCUCCCGGCGCUGCUGGCCCUGGGCUGCGCUGCCGACAGCGACUUCGCCGAGGGCGGCCCGGAGCGGCGGCCCGGGCCCGGCCCCGCCUGCCCCCGCGACUGCGGCUGCACCCAGGAGGGCGUCGUGGACUGCGGUGGCAUCGACCUCAAGGAGUUCCCGCUGCUGCUGCCCGAGCUGACCAACCACCUCUCCCUGCAGAAUAACCAAAUAGAAGAAAUCUUUCCAGAAGAGCUUGCUCGUCUUUAUAGACUGGAAACUCUCAAUUUGCAAAACAACAGGCUGACUUCAAAAGGGUUGCCAGAGGAAGCAUUUGAGCAUCUGGAGAACCUGAAUUACCUGUACCUGGCAAACAAUAAGCUAACAGUGGCUCCGAAAUUCCUACCAAAUACCUUGAUCAGUGCAGAUUUUGCAGCCAAUUAUCUCACUAAGAUAUAUGGGCUCACAUUUGGACAGAAACCAAACUUGAGAUCUGUGUAUCUUCAUAACAACAAACUUUCAGAUGCUGGGUUACCUGAUAACAUGUUCAAUGGCUCUAAUAACGUGGAGAUACUCAUCAUGUCCAGCAAUUUCUUGAAGUAUGUUCCAAAGAAUCUCCCUCCAGCACUAUAUAAAUUACACUUACAGAGCAACAAGCUGGAGAAGAUUCCCAAAGGAGCCUUCAGUGAACUUGCCGGUCUGCGGGAGCUGUAUUUGCAGAAUAAUUACUUGUCUAAUGAGGGAAUGGACAACGAAACUUUCUGGAAAUUGUCCAGUCUUGAAUAUCUGGAUUUGUCCAGCAAUAACCUCUCACAAAUCCCAAGUGGUUUACCUCGAAACAUCGUCCUCCUCCACCUGGAGAAGAAUGCAAUUAAGGUGAUUGACAGAGAUGUCUUGACCCAAAUUAAGAACCUAGAGUACCUUCUGCUCCACAAUAACAAAUUAAAAGCCCGAGGUAUUCACCCCUUAGCCUUCCACGGCCUGAAGAAGCUGCACACUGUCCACCUGUACAACAACAUGCUGGAAAGGAUCCCCAGUGGGCUGCCCCGGCGAGUGAAGACACUUAUGAUCCUUCAUAACCAGAUCUCAGAGAUUAACAGGAAUGACUUUGCUACCACUUACUUCCUUGAAGAGCUGAACCUGAGCUACAACAAGCUCACAAGUCCCCAGAUCCAUCGGGAGGCCUUUCGUAAACUGCGGCAACUAAAGUCCCUGGAUCUUUCUGGAAACAAUCUCCACACGGUGCCUUUUGGCUUUCCAAAGAACUUGCAAGUUCUGAAGCUGAAGGAGAAUGAGAUAAGCAUGAUCCCAAAAGGGACUUUGUCUGGGAUGACAAAACUGAGGGAACUGUAUUUGAGCAACAAUAAACUGAAAGUAAAUUCAAUUUAUUCAAGAGCAUGGAGAGAACUCAGCAGUCUUCAGUCACUAGACAUGGCUGGCAACCAACUGACAUCUAUCCCAUUAGGCCUGCCAGAAUCUCUGGAGUAUCUGUAUCUCCAGAACAACAAGAUCACAACGGUUUCAGAGAAUACUUUUGAAUCCACACCCAAUAUAAAGGGGAUUUACCUCAGGUUUAAUAAGAUUGCAGUUGGAGCACUGAAAGAAAGUAUCUUCCAAAACCUGAAGCACUUACAAGUACUGGAUAUUGAGGGGAACCUUGAAUUCAGCAACAGUUCAAAGAAUAAGGAUGACUCAGAAGAGGAAAUGGAAGAUGAGGAAGAGGAAGAGGAAGAAGAACGGAGAUAAAAUGUGAACUCAUACAAUCCCAUCAUGUGGGAGGAAAACAUAAGGAAAAAUACAUAUAUGUCUAUGUGUAUAUAUCUAUAUAGAUAUACAGAGAACACUUAGCAAAACGUGCAAUGAAUUACGCAGAAACUGUCAUGGCACUGGGCCAGGCUCAUGGAAGACAGUGUGUUUCAGUGCCUUAUUCAGGGAGAGACCCUGAAUGCCUUUCCAAAGCUUCCAAAUCAUCUUAUACAAGACCCAGGAUCAUAAGGGAUUGCUCUGGAACUCACAAAAGCUGGCUUUUGUUUCUUCUGUUUCUCUUCCCUCACUGUUUCCAUCUGUAAUAACAAUAUGGGACUGUUUUGAACACAGACCUUCAAAUGCCAUUUUUGUCACUGCAUUUUAAGUGAACCAUGUUUAGGCCUCUUUUCUUUUCCUCCACCCAAAAGAAGCUGUUGUUGGCCAGGGUAGAUGGAUAUUCGCAGUAGUUUCAUGUGCAGAGCAGUGUAUGAGGCAUUUUGGUCAUCAAGCAGCAGUAAUAAUUCUGGAUGCAAUUAUUUCUCUGUUAUAACAAUGUGUAUAUUUGGAUGAGAAAAACAAAAUAAGGCUGGAUCCCGUAAUAUUUUAUCUCUACUGCCAAAACCUGCAGUAUAUUCCUGUUUUAGAAAAGUUUUAAGAUAAAACAAUUGCUCUUGUGAAUAUAUAUAUAUAUAUAUAAAAAUUUGUAUGUCUACCUUCCAGAACUUUGGUAAAGUUUCUGUCUUGCUGUUGUUUGCCCUUGGGGCAGUUGGGUGAAUGUCUCUGAAGGUGUGAUCAGAGGAUGGAGUGACAGGAUGAAGUUUAAUGUAUAUGGUAGAAUUUUCCACAGUGUAUCUCAUUCACAGUGAAAGGCAGGAGUGAGACUAAUGAUGCAGAAGAGAUUAGUGAUUGUGGGCUGUCUUAGGAGAAAACCAUUAGGUGUCAAAAGAAAUUUGUUUAGUUCAAGUCUGGAGACAGUGCUUGCUGUCAUACUCCCUUAAAGCCUCCCCUAUUUUAUGAUGUUGAGUGUUCUCAGCUCCUGUUGGAAUCAUAGAAAAUAAAGAAACCAUGGAAAAGAAGA